AUGACUCGGAACCCUGUAGGAACGUUACCGAAUAGGACACAAGAUGGCCUUGGAGUAUCACAGAAGGCAAGAUCUAAUGACCCUGUGAAGGUUGUGUAUGUCCCCAAAGCCCAGAGGGAGAAGCGCAUGGAAGAAGAGGUCAAAAAGGCUGAAGAGGAAGCAAGGUUAAGAGAAGAGAAAUUGAAAAAAACACGUAUUGAGCAUCUAAAACAACUGGAAGCUUAUAAGGAAUCUGAACGACGUAAUAGGAUGAGACAAAGGGACAAUGAACGUCAACGUGAUACUACUACGAAACCGGAAUCAAAGGAUAUUCGAGAGAAGGAAGAAUUGAAAUAUAGUUUGGAAAAUAGUGAUCUUGCAAGUCUGAACAUGCUUAAAUUACCAAAGGAAGAGGCACGUCCAAGACUAAUUGCGAAGGAGCUUGAACAAAUUCGUGAACAUUAUCUGGGUGUUAAAGAGCAGCAGAAAAAACCAAGGAAACCAUCUGAAAAGUUUAAAACAAUAUUCAAUUUCGAAUGGGACAAUUCAGAAGAUACUUCUAGAAAUGAUAAUAAUCCUAUAUACCAAAAUAGACCUGAACCACAGUUACUCUUUGGUCGAGGUUGUAGGGCCGGUAUCGAUGUACGUGAACAGAAGAAGCAAUCUGAUUUUUAUCAACAACUUUGCAAAAGGCGAUGUACUACCGGUAAUGUUUCCGAAUCUGUGAAAUCGAAAUCUGCCACGACAAAAUAUCAUGCAGAUAAAAGGAGUAAUAAAUAUGUCGAUACUAAAGUAUCGGAUGACGAGGAGAUUGAUACACAUUGGUCUUCUAAGAGGAGGGAGCAGAUGACAGAUCGUGAUUGGCGUAUCUUCAGGGAAGACUUUGAUAUAUACGUGAAAGGUAGCAGGGUACCACCGCCAAUACGUACAUGGUCCGAAUCGGCUUUACCCUUGGAAAUAUUGAAGUCAAUAAAGGAUGCAAAGUUUUCCGCACCAACACCAAUCCAAAUGCAAGCUAUACCUAUAGGAUUGGAAAUGCGUGAUCUUAUAGGUAUUGCGGAAACAGGGUCAGGCAAAACUUUAGCCUUUGUUCUGCCGAUGCUGACCUAUGUCAACUCGCUACCGCUCCUCAACGAAGAAACAUCACAGGAUGGUCCUUAUUCUUUAGUAUUGGCACCUACUCGUGAACUUGCGCAACAGAUACAUAACGAGACCGUGAAGUUUGCGACCUUCUGCCAUUCUAGGGCUGUACUUGUCGUGGGUGGCCAUAGUGUGGAGCAGCAAGGUUUCCAGUUACGUAACGGUGCUGAGAUUGUUAUCGGUACGCCGGGGCGUAUUAAAGAUUGCCUUGAUAGGUCGUAUACUGUCCUAUCACAAUGUAAUUAUGUAAUACUGGAUGAAGCUGAUCGUAUGAUUGAUAUGGGUUUUGAAGAGAUUGUGAAUGAUAUACUCGAUUGUAUCCCAACUUCUAACCUUCGAGAUUUUGACGAAGGUACAGCUUUCCAGCAGGAGCUUAGUUCAAAAGCGGGAUACCGCAGAUAUCGCAUUACACAAAUGUUCUCUGCUACUAUGCCGCCAGCCGUGGAGAAACUUACCAAAAAGUACCUGAGGUCACCCGUGUGGGUAUCCAUCGGUGAUGUCGGUAGUGGUAAGAAAUCGAUUACACAGCGUUUUGAAUUUUUGACGGAAUCGCGCAAGAAACAGAAACUGCAAGAUGUUUUGCUGGGACUAGAGGGGCCUAUCAUAGUGUUUGUCAAUAUGAAGAAGGUUGCAGAUGUAGUGGCGAGGCAUAUUAUAAAUAUGAAUUUUAGGGCAAUUGCAUUACAUGGUGGCAAGAGCCAGGAUAUACGUGAGGGUGCUCUAGAGAGUUUUAAAUCGGGGGAUUAUGAUAUCCUGGUUGCUACAGAUGUGGUUGGCCGUGGUCUAGAUGUCAAGGGUGUGAAAGCUGUGAUUAAUUUCGAUAUGCCAAAGGAUAUCCAGACCUAUACUCACAGAAUAGGUAGAACUGGCCGUGCUGGUGCCAAGGGUCUGGCGGUUUCAUUUGUCACUGAGGAUGACUCUGCCAUAUUCUAUGACCUAAAACAGCAGCUUAUCAGUACAGAUAACAACGUGCCGCCGGAACUCGAUCAACACCCCGCUGCAAACAUAAAGCCUGCUAGUCACCAUCCCGCUCCGCUUGAUUAA